GAAUAUUGACAGAUAUCUACAGCUUCAUUCAUAAUAAAUUGUUCAUGUACUGGUAGUCCUCUCCUUUGCAUUUUUGAAUAAUAAUCGUUCCAGUAAGGUUUUAUGCUACCACAGGACACAGGGGUUCUAGCACAAACUAGAGUUCUGAGUGUUUUAUUAAUCUUCACGUGGUUAUCUAACAAUAGUACUUGGCCUCUAGUGACUUGGAAUGACUUGUUGAGAGCACAGUAACCUGCAUGUCUUUCCUGAAACGUCAUUUGAGUAUAGGAAUCUCGCCUUUUCACUUCUCCGUGUACUGAAAAAUUUCGGUAUCCAAUAAAUAAGAAAUUUCUAGGGUCAACAGGCAUUAUUCAUCUCACAUGCUACAGGCACUGCAAUUAGGCCAAGCGUUGUCAACAAUUAAAAUGUCAGAGACAGAGUUGGACAAUUCCAAAGCCCAACCUAAUGACCUUAUGGUACGCAUCAACCAGCUGCUUGAUACGAAAGAGAAAGCUGCAAAAAAACCAGAAAGUCGUCCAUCUCAGGACUAUCUCAUGUACACCCCACCUCCAGAGACCAACGAAAAACAUUCUUGGGUCAGUUGUCCAACAUUUGGGGGAAUCGGAACGCCACCAAAUUCUAGAACGCCAAGUCCCAUUAGUUUUGGUACUUUUGAAGAACAUAUGGCGCCAUUUAGCUCGAUUGGCUUUCAACCCAUAACAACGCCGUUUUAUCCAUUUGCACAAAUGCCACCAACUCCCGACUUCAACUCUCCAUUUCAUCAAAUCACCGGUUCCCCAAACCCCAUAAUUACGAGAAGAAACCUCCCUAUGACCCCAACAUCGCCCCCUGGUGACAUGAUGCAUUCGAAUUUGCUUAUGGACCCAAGGUGGAGCAGCCUCAGUCAUCUCUAUGGCUCUGCACAAGACUUUCUGGAAGCCGAACGACGGUUCUCAUCCCAAAGUGAAGCAGAACUUAAUGAACCAACAUACACGUGGAGUGGAAGGUUGCCACCGAGAAAUCACAAAAACCCUGUCUAUUCAAACAAAGUUUUUCUUGGUGGAGUGCCUUGGGAUAUAACAGAUGUUGGUCUGCAACAAGCUUUUCGCCCGUUUGGACCUGUUCAAGUCGAAUGGCCAGGGAAAGACAGCAAACACAAUGCACAGAUGCCGAAAGCAUUUAUUUCCUCCCCUCCAAAAGGCUAUGUCUACCUGCUGUUUGAAAGCGAAAAAUCAGUCAAGGCUCUUUUGGCAACUUGUACGCACGACUGCAGCAACGGAGGAGACUGGUAUUACAAAAUAUCAAGCAGACGAAUGCGCUGCAAAGAGGUGCAAGUUAUUCCGUGGGUUCUAUCAGACAGUAACUUCAUGCGCAGUGCGUCACAGAAACUUGAUCCAACCAAGACUGUAUUUGUAGGUGGCCUGCACGGAAUGAUUAAUGCAGAAGCCUUAGCAUCUCUGAUGAAUGAUCUUUUUGAUGGUGUCGUCUACGCUGGUAUUGAUACUGAUAAGCACAAGUAUCCGAUCGGCUCCGGUCGUGUGACCUUCAAUAACCACCGAAGUUUCAUGAAGGCUGUCCAAGCGGCAUUCAUAGAAAUUCGAACCCCAAAAUUCACGAAGAAGGUUCAAAUAGAUCCAUACUUGGAGGAUUCCAUGUGUGGAACGUGUCACAUCAACCCAGGACCCUUUUUCUGUCGUGAUCCACAGUGUUUCAGAUACUUCUGUCGUUCCUGUUGGGCUUGGCACCACUCUAUUGAGGAGUUACGCAUACACAAGCCAUUGACCAGGCACAGUAAAGGCAGCAUGUACAUGUAAAGCGAACAUAUCUAGUACA